AGCUCUGAAAUGUCGCCAUUUCCGGUUUGUGAGCCAUGUCUGGGUGUCCGUCUUCUCCCGGUGCUGUAACAGACUCCUGCGCUCCGGUUUCGGGUGACGUUUUGGCGCAGGAGGAAGAACCGCAGGGUUUUGGGGAUUUAUCCGAGCUGCCUGUAGAAGUGAGUGAGAGGAGACCGACCUGUUCACGAUGCUGUCGUCCGGCGAAGGUGUGUCUGUGUCCGUUUCUCCCCCCCGAGCCUCUGGACGUCUCCACCUGCCUGUACAUUGUUCAGCAUCCUGCAGAGGAGAGCCGAGUGCUGCGUACCGUCCCCCUGCUGGCCGCUUGCUUACCUAAAGGCAAGUGUAAUGUCCUGAUAGGGAGACGCUUCAGUGAAGAAAGACACGCUGAGUUAGCGGCCGUGUGCAGGGACGCACACACGCUGGUCCUAUAUCCCGGCUCAGACGCCGUGAACCUGGAGGACAUGGACGUGGACUUCGCCACGACUCCCCACAACGUCGUCAUUAUAGACGGGACGUGGAGUCAAGCCAAGGACAUGUUCCUCAGAAACACCCUGCUCCACUUACCCAAACAGGUGCAGUUAAACAGCGCCCCCUCCAGUCAGUACGUGAUCCGCACUCAGCCCACCAACAUGUGCCUGUCCACACUCGAGUGUGCUGCUGUCACUCUGUCGAUCAUGGAGAAGAACCAGGCCAUCCAGGAGGUUCUCCUGAGGCCUCUGCGAGCUCUGUGUUCGUUCCAGCUGCAGCACGGUGCUCAGGUCCAUCACAGCAAAGAACACCUGCUGAAGAGCGGCCUGUACGACAAACCGCUGCCCAAAAACAAGCGCAAGAUCAAGAGGAUGCAGAAACUCAUCACCAACCAGGACGUGUGACAAGACAGGAAAUCAGACUGUCUGAUAACGGCCAGAUUUGACUGUGACGUCCGAAUUUUAAUCUGCAAUAUCGGACAAUACGACUACAACACGUCCAGGAUGUCGGACAGUGAGACUACUGCACAUCAGACUGUCUGACUACAGCUAAGACAUCCAUCUGUUCGAUUACAACCCAGUACAACCUGCCGGAUCCAGGACGUUUACUUGCGUUGUUUUUUUUGUUUUGUUUGUGAGAUGUUGAGGAACAUUGGUUUACUGCUGGAACACUAAACUACAUCCUGAACUGCUGGAAACAUUUGCAUUUGAAGUAAAAUGCUGCAGAAGGUCCACUGAAGGAUUUCAGUACCUCUGAUCACUGAGAUCGGAUUUCACUGCUGCCUCAUCGUAGUGUUUUCCUGCAGCAGUGAAGGAGAUCAGUGAUGUAUCAGUGAGUUCUGUCUGUAUGAAGGUUCAAUCUUUUCCUGAAGAGUAUGUUCUCAGUUCUGACACCAGCUGCUCUUAAUCUCACUCAGUCUGCUGCUUCUGGAUUCUUCUCCACUGCUGCCGUCUUACAGACACGUUUUUGUGUAGAAUUUAACAUCGUUAUAGUGAAUUUUCCUCGAAUAAAUUAUUUUAUAAAGA